GACAGGGAUGAUUGUUAGCUGUGGGGUUCAGCAGUAUCACACAGGCCUAAUUGUGUUCGCACAACAACCACCGAACUACUCGAUGCUUGGCGUCCAUUGCGGCUGAACUGUGCGCCGUCAGCGCACCACGUCUGAGACACGCCAUCCCUCGCCGACGCCCUUCCUCGCCGACGCCCUUGACCUCUCGACGACGAAGAACCCUCCACGCCCAUGAUUCCACGCCCAUAAACCCACACCCACGAUGCCGUUCAAGAACCCCCGCGCAAACCCCUCCCCCUACCCCCCGCUCCCCUUCUACGCCCUACGCAGCACCCAGCUCCUCGCCUCCCUCGUCGUCGCCAUCAUCGCCGCCUACUUCCUGCACGAACUCGCCGCCUCCAACUACACACUCCCAUGGACCUUCAUCCUCCUCCUCUCCGUCUCACUAUUAACGCUCCUCGCGCUCGCCGCCACGCUGGCGCUGCACACCCGCCACACCCUCGCGCCCGCGCUGAAUCUGGCCGCCAACGCCGCGCUCAGCGCGCUGUGGUGCGUGGCCACGGCGCUGUUGGGGUGGUGGGGCGCGCCAGCGCUGGGGGCGCGGUGUGGGGAGGGCGCGUGGGGCGGCGCGACGGGCGCGCGGGUGUGCUGGGCGUACAAGGUGUUGUGCGCGUUUGCGGUUGUGGCGGUGGUUGGGGCGCUGGGGGGCGUGUGGUUGGAUGUCAGGGCGCUGCGGCGGGGGGCGGGGCGGGGGCGGUUUGGGCGGUUGGCGGGGGUGGAGGGGGAGGGGGAGGGGGAGUUUGGGGGCGUCAGGCCGGGGGCGAGGAGAGGCGAGGGGUAUGAGUUGCCUGCGGAGCAGUUUGGGCAUGUGGACACGGGGUAUGGCGGGCGGGGGAGUGUGGAGCGCUUGUGA